CCUGUUAUAUCGAUUUGACAGCGCUGGAACUAGGCCGCUGUCAAGACCUGGUCCUCUGUCUCCGAGACCCGAACAAACCUAACCAGGAUAUGGGCGAGAUCGUUAUGAACGUUACGCUUUAUCCUAAAUCACAAGAGGAUAAAGAACAGAAGUACAGGAAUUCGGCCAAGAUCUGGAAGUCUACCGCCAGGCCAGAGUUUAGACGUUCCCUUCGCAAUCAACACCUGUACGGAAAUCAUCGAACGAAUUGGCAAUAGGUUUCCGAGACUAAAAACCAGGGGCGAUAGAAUUCAUAGGGUAAAGGGCAUAUCUUCUGAAGAAUACUCGACUUAGUGACGUGAAUAAACGGCUAAAGGCACAAAUAUGGAGUUCCGUAGUCACUAUUGUGCUCGUAGAAGCGAAGAAUCUACCGCCAAUGGACUUGGAUACGCGAUCCAGCGAUCCUUAUUGCAAAUUUCGAUUAGGUAACGAGAAGUAUAAGAGUAAGGUAGUCUGGAAGUCCCUACAUCCAUCGUGGUUGGAACAAUUUGAUCUGCAUCUGUAUGAUGAUCAGGAACAAAUAUUAGAAGUAACCGUAUGGGAUAAGGACAAACAGACCAAGGAUGACUUUUUAGGAAGAUGUGCAAUAGACUUGUCGAAAUUAGAAAGAGAAAAAACACACAGCAUAUGGCAGGACCUGGAGGAAGGAAACGGACAGAUAUUUUUACUUCUUACCAUAAGUGGGACCACUCAGUCGGAGACUAUCACAGACCUUGCAAGCUAUCGAGAAAAUCCUAAAGAAAUUGAGAAUAUAAGAAAAAGAUAUGUAUGGUUUCGACUUAAUGAAAUGUCUGCCGGUGUGGGAUGGCUUUGUGUGAAAGUGUAUGGUGCUAAAGGAUUAGCCGCAGCAGAUCUUGGCGGGAAAUCAGACCCCUUCUGCGUUCUAGAACUUGGAAAUGCAAGACUUCAAACUCAUACGGAAUACAAGACGUUGCAACCAAAUUGGAUGAAGAUAUUCACUUUUACAGUCAAAGACAUAAGUUCUAUCCUAGAACUAACAGUAUACGAUGAAGACCACGACCAUAAAGUAGAGUUUCUGGGAAAGUUAGCUGUGCCCUUGUUAUCUAUCCGCAAUGGUGAAAAACGAUGGUUCGCACUCAAGGACAAGAAAAUGAGAGCGCGGGCAAAGGGCAACUGCCCGCAAAUAUUAUUGGAAAUGUCCGUAAUAUGGAAUCCGUUAAAGGCAGCAAUAAGAGUAGUAAAUCCAAAGGAACCGAAGUAUAUGCACCAAGAAGCGAAAUUCAAAAGGCAAUUGUUCAUUCGGAAUGUGAUGAGAUUAAAAUCUAUUAUUAUGUGGUUUAUCGAAGUGGGAAAAAUUUUACAAGACUGUUUCGAAUGGGAGUCAAAAAUUUGUUCGUUUCUUGGUCUACUAGCAUGGUUGGCGUUUUGUUAUUAUUAUCAAAUGUGGAUGCUUCCCUUCAUAAUUCUAAUGGUAUUUGCGAGAAAUUGGCUCAUCUAUCGACUAACUGAGUACAUAAAGUCCUACAAAAAUCCAUGGAAAUGGUUAAGUAGAUUCCUCACCAGUAGUGGAAAUCCAUUGCUAAAUCCGGUAGAUGACGAUGACUUAUUGGCUGAAGAAGAUGAUGAAGAUGAAGUUGAUAAGGAGGAAAAGAAAUCGCUUAAGGAAAGACUACAGGCAAUACAAGAAGUGACACAAACCGUUCAAAAUGCUAUUGGAUAUGUUGCAGCACUAGGAGAAGCUGUCAAAAAUUUAAUGAAUUUCACGGUGCCAUAUUUAAGUUAUAUUGCGAUAAUAAUGCUUUUUGGUGCUAUGGUUGUACUGUAUGUUGUUCCGUUGAAAUAUUUACUAAUGGCUUGGGGUGUCAACAAAUUUACAAGAAAAAUACUAAGACCGCACACAAUACCAAACAAUGAAGUGUUAGACCUUUUAUCCAGAGUACCAGACGAUGAAACUUUGCUCGAUAUACGGGAGUUAAAACCACACUCGCCCAACGAACGGCGUGACGCAAGAAAGAAACCGAAGUCAUCGUAACGAUCAGUUCUGAUUCGAAAACGAAUCAAGGAAUAUAUUGACUCAUUUGAUAAGGAAGAGUGAUAUUCUUGGAAGAGAGAGAGAUAUAUUUAAAGAGCAUCAGAAAAUAUUAAUAUAAAUAAGGAGACUUGGUCCAGGGCACUAGAUUUUUUCUCACCAAGUUCUUAUUUUGUUUAUAAGAUAGUUUAUUUUGCAUGGUCUUAUAGCUUGUUUCAAUAGCUUUCAGAUACACUCAAAUUAUCCUAAUUAUAAGCAAUCUAUUAAUACACGUAAAAUUAUACAGAACGAUGCGCGCGCGCCAAUAUCACGCCGUUCUGAAGAACGGAAAGGUAUGGCUUGAAGGUGUUAUGUUAAACUUUGACAAUUACUCUUUAUGUUAUGUACGCAAUAGACCAAACUCAAAAUCAAAAAUGACACCAUCUGUCGCACUUCUGCUGUCAUUGUUAUAUUCGAAAUGUCACAAUGUAUCUUGAAAUUUGAGUUGAGAGUCGAGACUUGAAAGUUGAAAGUGAAAUCUCAUUGUAGUUGAACGCAUAAAUUAUUGCAUUUAUAAUAUAAUGUAGUUAUACAGACAAGUUAAUCUCGUUUUACAAGUAAGUUUAUAUUCCUAUGUUAGUCUUUCUAUGCGUGCGUAAGUUUUUGAGAUAAUUGAAACUAUUCUUCAUUCAGCACGCUCAUUAGUACCAUUAAAAGUAAAUACCUAGCCUUAAAUUAAGGAUUGUUCUCCGCUGCGCUCCAAGUAGGUACGGCAGAACCUUAGUACAGUACCUUUAUUACGGCAACUUUAUAUUGUAGUGUGUAUUGGCUAUUCGUAAAGAUGCUUGUGUGCGUGGCACUUUGACACUCAAUGGCAUCUUUCAAAUUUUUUAACUUAUAUACGUUUCAUGCUAUUCUACUGAGAUUAAAUAAAAUACAAAAUAAAUGAUCCCAGUGUCUUUCUUAUUUUUACAAAGUUUUACUACGCAUCCCGGCAUUAAGUUUCAAUUAUUAGCAAAGUUUAGCAGAUCAUGUGGCACGUCAUCGUAACACAUUAUUCGAGACUGGCUUGUGUACGCCCACUUGGGCUUAGUAUUAGUUGUCGCAAUUUGCAAUACUCCUGCAGUAUCUAGUUGAAGCGCAGUGGAGACCAAUCCUUAAUCUAAGUAGGUACCUAGCGUAAAAUGAGUCACACAAACGAGUUUACAAAAUAUAGAUUUAAUCCAACUUAAUUUCGUAGAGACACAGUACAAAAAAUUGCACUCGAUUGGGCACAGUCAUGAAUAAAAAUGAUCUCACAAUAUCAUAAUAUUAUAAAAUAAUAAUUACUUUAGAUUAAAAAAGAGUAAUGGCGGUAAUAUCACUUAGACACCAUCUUGCAACCCGAAAGAAGGGUUGACAACUUUUUUAAAUUUAUUAUAAUAUUAUGAUAUAUAUGUACCAACACUUUUAAUUAAUGUAAGUACCUACUUUCUAACCAUAACAUUGAGAGUACACUGAAAUACUGUUUUUAUUACCAUUAUCUUAGUAUACUAGCGUAAUAGACAAACUCUCCUCAUUACGGCGACACUAAAUUCAAAAUGUUCAUGUGUGCUAGUUUUACAGAUGUGUUAGCGAGUUAUUGAAAUGUGUGGUAUCUUGCUUUUAAUCAGUCCCUAUGUCGAAUAUUUAUAAACGGCGUCAUAUUCACGUAUAGAAUAUUUUAUAACACAUAUUUUUCAUUAAUAUAAUCUUUAGAAAAUAGAAUAUUUACUGCGUACAUAAAAUGUCAUACGAAAUAUUUUAGUGAAUAUGUUCUACGAAAAUAAUCACCACGAAAACAGCAUGGAAGAAUCGGUAGUUACCUGUCAAAUGUUUAUUUAAAUGGAUAGUUGCUGUAGAUAGCAACACAAUAUAACACAGAACACGACACCAUUAUAUUUUAUUAAUUAAUAUCAGUUGAAACACAGAACAAUUACGAUAAAACACUAAAAUUAAAAUGCGGUCCAAUUCGACCGGAGACUAAUGGACACUAAAUGGUUUCAAAACGGUUUCACCGUCCAUCGCAUUCAGUCUCUUUCUCACACCUAGGUUUUUGUUUAAGGAUAGUUAC